AUGGAAUUAGAAAAAGGAAGUUAUUUGGUAAAUAUAGAUAGUAUUAAUUCUGAAAUUAAAAAUAAUAAUGAUAUAAAUAUUUUAAAAAAUAGUAAAAAAAUGAAUCUUACUAACGACCAUUCUUCAAUGAAUAAUUCUAAUAGCAGUGGAAUUAAAAUAGGAAUAAAUAAGAAAGAUUAUGAUUUAUAUAUUAGUCAGUUAAAAGAUAAAAACACUAAACAAAUAAUUAAAAAUAAAUCAAAACAAAUAAAAAGGAAUAUUAUAAAAAAUAAUGAUAGUAAUACACUUGAUAAUGACGAAAAACUCUUAGAUACAAAUACGUAUGACCAUGAAUAUUGUUAUGCAAGUAUAAAUAAAAAAAUAGUUAAUAAUAAGUUUGCUAAUUUGGUUAAACUAGAUAACAAUGUAAUUGAAGAACAUGAAUUAAAAAAUAAUUUAGAUUUAAAUAAUAAUUUCUUAGAAAAAAAUAACAUAAAUAAUAUGCACAUAAUCAAUGUAAAAUCCAAUAAAAAUGUACUAGUUUAUGAGAAUUUGCAGAAUGAUUUAGAAAAUAAAGAAAAAAAUAAUUUUAGCAAGACAAAUUAUUUGCAAAAUUCUACUAACAAUAAUUUUUGCGAAAGUCAAGAGUUAAAAAGUUUUGAAAAUAACAAUUUUAAUAAUAUUAGUGAAAAUAAAAAUAAUAAAAAUAAUAAUUAUAAAAAUGAUGAUUUUGAUAACAUUGGAGAGAAUUAUAACACUGUUAAUAAUAAUAAUCAUAAUUCUAAUUAUUGUGAUAAUAAUGAAGAUUAUAAUAAAUUAAGUCAGAGGAAUUAUUUAACAAAUGAUUUAUAUAAUCCUUAUAAUACUGUAAAAAGUAACAAUUUAGUUACCAAUCGAAAUAAUAAAAACUACGAAAAGAAUACGUUAGUUGAUACACAUAUAAAUUUGAAUUUCAAAAAUGUUCCUAUUUUAGAUAGAAAUGAAUUUUAUCAAAACACUUACAGUCUUUUAAAUAAUGUUCAACUUGCAAAUAAAUUAAAUAAUUUUUGCUGUAAAAUACAAAAAGAAGAAAAUAUUGAAAAAAAAAAUUAUGAAGAAAAUAAAACAAAUUUUAUUGAAAAUAAAAAAUAUAUUUAUGAAUCAGCUGAUAAUACACAAUUAAAAGAUUCUGAAAAAAAAAAAGAAACACAAGUAAUUUCAUGCAAUAAUAUUUCUUAUGAUGAUGAAAGUACAAAGGAUAAAAAUGAAACAUUUAAUGAAUUAUUAGAUAAAAAUUUGUUAUUAAAUGCAAAUUCAUUCUAUGAAGCAAAUAAUGAUAAAAAUGAAAAUAUCAAAUGCUUUAUCUCUGAAGAAAAUUAUGAUAUCACAAAAAAAACAUUAAAAAAAAGAAAAAGAAAAAAUGAGGAAUUAGUAUUAUUAGAUAAUGAUAAAAGUAAUAAAUUACUUUUUAUUUAUAAUGAGAACCUAAAUAUAAAAGAUUUUCCUUUAAAAAAUAAAGAAAAAAGCAUGCGAAAUGAAGAAAAUUAUGGUAUUAUAAAUGAAAAAAGUUAUAUGAAUAAUAUUUUUAAUAAUAAUAAUAAGUUAGACAUAAAGCUUAACUUUAAUUAUAGUGAUAGCAAAAACAGUAAUAUGGAAAAUAAAUAUGAUUGUAAAUUAUUUAAUGAAAAUAAAAACAAUAAUUUACAAUACUUUAAUGAUUUAAAUACAAAAAAGGCUAAUAAAAAAUUGAUGAAAAGAAAUAAGAUUAGUAAAAAUAAAAAUAAUAUAAAAAUUGAUGAAGAAAACGUUUACAUAAGAAAUGAAAACAUUAGUAAUUAUAGUUCAAACACUAAUAUUAGUUCUAGUAUAGGCAAUAAUGAUUAUGAUAACAAUAAUAAUAAUGAUAAUAAUAAUAAUGAUUGUAAUAAUGAAAAUAAUAAUAAUAAUAAUAAUAAUAAUAAUAAUAAUAAUAAUAAUAAUAAUAAUAAUGAUGAUGAUGAUGAUAAUGGUAAUAAUAAUAAUAAUAAUAAUAAUAAUAAUAAUAAUAAUAAUAAUAAUAAUAAUAAUAAUAAUGAUAAUAAUAAUAAUAAUAAUAAUAAUGAUAAUGAUAAUAAUAAUGAUAAUAGCAAUGAUAAUAAUAAUAAUAAUAAUAAUAAUGAUAAUAAUAAUAAUAAUAAUGAUAAUAAUAAUAAUAAUGAUAAUGAUAAUAAUAAUAAUAAUAAUGAUAAUAAUAAUAAUAAUGAUAAUGAUGAUGAUAAUUAUAAUAAUAAUAAUAAUGAAAAUAAUGAAAAUUUUAGUAGUAAUAAUACCACUACUGAUAAUAACGAUAAAAAUAACAAUAAUCUAAUAAAUAAUAAUAAUGGAAAAUAUUUAAAGAGACCUCAAAGGAAUGCUGCUAAGAAAUGCAUUAAUUUAUGGUCAGAAGAAUUGAAAAAAAAAAAUGAUAAAAAUAAUUCUUGUAAUGAUAAAUUGAAACUUUUCAAUGAUUCUAAAAAAGAUGAAAAAUUAAUAAAAAAAAAGGAAAAGGAGAAAGAGAAAGAGAGGACAGAAACAAAAAAUGAAGAUAUAAAAGAUGAAAUUAAAAAUGAAAAUAAUAUUAGUAUGGAUAUAAAAUUUGAAAAUGUAAAAAAUAUUGAAGGAAAAAAUGAAAAUAUGAUAAAUAAUGAAAUAAAAUUGGAUAAUUUGAAAAGUAAAAAAUUAGGAAACGUAGACACAAAAAAAAGCGAAAAUAUUUUAUUAAAUGAUGAAAAUAAAAUACCCAUAUUAUUUAAUGAAUCAAUGGAUGAAAGAGAAAUGUUCAAGUAUUUAGAUUUGUUAAGGCAUUUACCAAGUAAAAAGGGGGGAGCCCAAUAUAAGUUACAUAAGGCUAUUUUAACAGAAGAAAUGGUUAAAAGAGCAAAGAAGUUUCCUUUAGUUCAAGGAGUAUACUUUGAUAGAUAUCAACAAAGAUGGAGUGUUAACUGGAAUGAAGACGGAAAAAGGGUGGCUAAAUAUUUUCCGAUCAAAUUAUUUGGCUUUGAUUAUGCUCGUAGAUUAGCUAUUUAUUGCAAAAAUUAUCAAAAGAUACCUGAAGAAGCAUUAAUUUUUGAACAAGCUUAUAGAGCUAAUCAGCAAAAUAAUAAAUUAAAAAAUGAAAAUAAUCAUAAUGGUAAUGGAAAUAAUAAAUUAAAAAAAGGAAGCAAAAAAAGUUAUAAAAAGAAAAGUGCCAAUAAAACUGUUUAUUCUAAUAUUGAAAAUUCAAGUAGUUACAAUAAAAAAAAAAAAAGUAAUAAUAAUACAAUAGAUAAAAAAAAUUUUAAAUUAAGUGAUAUAAAUAUAUCUUCACUAAAUGAUUUUCCCGUAUUUAGCUCAUAUUUUAAUUCCAAUUCCAAUAACAACAGCAAUAACAAUAACAGUGUAGUCAAUUCUUCAUUUAAUUAUAAAGGUAUUAAUAACUCUGGUAAUAUGAAUAAUAAAAAUAAUUUUCAUUCAAAUAUGGUAGAAAUAUUCUCAAGCAAAUUAGAUACUUCUUCUUCACAUAAUUUACAAAACAUAAAUACAUUAAAUGAAAAUAACAAAGAAAGUAUAAAUAAACUACAUAUUAAUGAUCCUAUUUUUUUAAAUAAUUCUUUAAUAACUUUAAAAAAUAAUGAUAAAAUAACUAAGAAUUCUGAUAAUAUUAAUAAAAAUAUGGGUAUCCUUAAAGUAAACUCAGAAAAUUUAGAAGAGGCAAAUAGCAUGAAUAUUCAUCAAAUGAAUAAUAUUAAUAUUGAUAAAACAAAUAAUUUAAAUAUUUAUAAAAUGAAAACUUCAAAUAAUGAUAUAAUAAAUAGUAGUGUAAGCGUCAGUGAUAAAAUAAGCGAUAGUUCAAAUAAAGAUAAAAUAAGCAGUAUUAAAAUGAAUGAAUGUAAUGUUGAAAAUAAAGAAACAAGUAAUUUAGGCUUAGAAAAAGGAAACGAUGCACAUUUUAAAACAAAAAAUAAUAUAGAUGCUAUAGAUAAAAAUAUAGUAAAAAAUUUUAAAUCUGUUAACAUAAAUGAAUAUAAUGUUAAUGAUAAAAAUAGUAAAAAAUCUCAUACAAAAAAAAAAAAUUUAGUUUGUUCAUCUACUGGAACUUCAUCUUUUCAGUCAUCUUCCUCAUGUAUAUCUUCUUCUUCUUCAUCUUAUAAAAAUAUAGAAAAUUCAUCACCUAAAUGUCCUCACUAUAAUGAUAAUGAAAAUAGUAUAUAUAAUAUAAGAGAUUCUAUAAAGCAUAAGAACACUAUUAACACUAAUUGUAAUGAUAUCAACAUUUCUUUGAAUUCCGAUUUAAAUAAAAAUAUAUCAGAACAGUUUAGUGAAAAAGUUAAUAAUAUAAAUUGCUAUAUAAAAAAAGAGAGCGAUAUUAAUGAAAAUAUAAUACAGAAUACAACAUAUAAAAAUAGCUCUCCUCAAAGUAGUAUUGGUAGAAACAUAAAUGAUCUUGUAGGCACUUAUAAAAUAAAUAAUGUAAAUAAAUAUAAUGAUUUAAUAAAUUGUGUAUCUAAAUUUAAUGAUAUAGGUAAAAUUAACGAUACGAAUAAUUUAAGUGACAACAAUACUAUAAAUGAUACUAAUAACAACUUAAAUGAUAAUACAAAUAAGGAUACUCAGGUUGAUAAUAGUGAUGAUAUUAAUUCAAGAAUUGUUGGUGUACAUUAUGAUCGAAAACAGUAUAGAUGGAAAGCUACUUGGUAUACUUCACAUGGUAGAAGAUGUGCAAAAUAUUAUCCCAUCAAACAAUAUGGUUAUUUAGAAGCAAAAAAGAUGGCUAUAGAAUGUAGAAAAGCAUAUAAUUUAUAUAAGAAAUUAAAAAAAAAUCCUCAAAAUAAAGAAAAUAAUGAUAUAAAUUUUAACAGUACAAUAUUUCCUAAAGAAUACUAUAUAACAUUAUUUGAAAAUGAUGAAAAAAAAGACAGGCAUUAUUGGGAAAAUAAAAAAAGUAAAAAAAAUAAAAAAAGUGUUUAUUUAGAUAAUAAUGAAAAACAAAAAAGACAUUACAACGAAGCACUAAAAAAAAUUAACAAUAUUAAAUGCAAUGAACUUAAUGAAUUAAAUGAAUAUAUGAAUAAUAAAAGUGAUAUGAAUUCUAUUAACUUUAUUUCACUGAACAACAAUAUGUCGAAUGUAAAUAAUUUAAGUAAUAAUAAUAAUAAUGAAAAUGAAGAAAAAUCAUCACCACCUAAAUAUGCUUUACCAUUAAAUUGUAAAAAUUCAUGCUGCAAUAAAUUAAAUAAUGAGCUGUAUAAUAAUAUUUGUAUUUCCAAAAAUUCUUCAUCUUUGUUAUCUUUAUAUUAUUUAUCAGAAAAUAUUUUAAAAUUUCAGAAGGGUACAAUAAAAUGUAUACUGCAGGAUUUAAGAGAUAACUGCUUGUCUAAUUUAGCAUAUGAUUUGAAAAAUAUAACAUUUCAAGAAUAUUAUAUGGCUAUUCACUAUUUAAAUAGAUAUGUUGAUGAUUCAAAUUGUUACGAUGAUAUAUUUUUUCUACUCAAAAUUUUAGCAAAAAAUUUAGAAAUAAGAAAAAUACCAAGUUUAUAUAAUGAGGAAGAACAAAAAGAAUUAUUAAAUUCCUUAACUAUAAUUACAAAACAAAUGAAAAACAAUUAUUCUUAUUUAUCAUCUAAUAAUUUGAAAAAUUCAAACGAUAAUGAAAAAUUUUCUCCUUUAAUAUUUCAACUAUAA